UGAUUUCAUUGCAAUGAUUAAACCUUGUCACAAAUAGCAGAUUUCUUGCCACUCGAAGUUCUUUGGCAAACUUACCAGUUACCCGGUUAUACUCGAAAGACGAUGUUGUAGGGGAUUGCUCAUGCUGAGAUCAGGACUCUAUGGAUUGCUGUCUGCACUUUGUGGAGCAUUAGAGGAGCCUAGAAUCGGAUUUGCCCUCUCAGUAAAGUUCGCCUCAUUGCAAGCCGGAGACGUCAUGAAUUGGGAACAGGCACCUCACCUCAUCUGCACUUCUGCUCUAAUGCACCGCUUGUCUCGAUUCUGCUAUACGAUCUUGCUUGUAUACGACAGCCGAUCUGGGAUGAUCUCAUUCCUGCCGCAAGAGCGUGGACGCCAGCGCCACCGUCUUUAAAGCGUCUAGCAUAAUACACUCAGUACAGCAUCUGACUUCAUGGCUUGGCAGCA